AUGAACCCCCUCUCUCUCUCUCUUCCCUCCUCUCUCUCUCUUCCCUCCUCUCUCUCUCUCUCUUCCCUUCCUCUCUUCCCUCCCCUCUCUCUUCCCUCCUCUCUCUCUCUUCCCUCCCCUCUCUCUUCCUCCCUCUCUCUUCCCUCCUCUCUCUCCUCCUCUCUCUCUCUUACCUCCUCUCUCUCUUCCAUCCUCUCUCUUCCCUCCUCUCUCUUCCCCUCCUCUCUCUCUCUUCCCUCCUCUCUCUUCCCUCCUCUCUCUCUUCCCUCCUCUCUCUCUCUCUUCCCUCCUCUCUCUCUUCCCUCCUCUCUCUCUUCCCUCCUCUCUCUCUUCCCUUCCCUCUCUCUCUCUUCCUCCUCUCUCUCUUCCCUCCCUCUCUCUUCCCUCCCCUCUCUCUUCCCUCCUCUCUCUUCCCUCCUCUCUCUUCCCCUCCCUCUCUCUCUCCCUCUCUCUCCCUCUCUCUCUCCCUCUCUCUUCCCUCCUCUCUCUCUUCCCUCCCCUCUCUCUUCCUCCCCUCUCUCUUCCCUCCUCUCUCUCUUCCCUCCUCUCUCUCUCCCUCCUCUCUCUUCCCUCCUCUCUCUCUUCCCUCCCCUCUCUCAAUUGUUUACUCUCACUCUCCCUCCAUUUGUAUUCUUCAUUCAGAUUUCCAUCCACAUCAAGAGAAAAAUUACAACUGCUGUUUCAAUUUAUGAUAAUAAUAUUAAUAACGAUGCAUCUCAGCUUUCUUUCUUUCUUUCUUUCUUUCUUUCUUUAGAUUUCUUUUUUAUUUCUUUCUCGUCUCUUGAAAAUUUCUUUUUUUUUCUCUCUAAGUCGUUUGAAGUUUCUUUUUUCUCCUUUUUUGACAUUUUCUUUUGUCUCUCUUGA